GAAGGGGCGGAGCUAUUGAUGUUAUAUAAACCCCCCUCUGGCGAGCCCAACUAUAGGUCAAGUGCGCGCGGUUGUUAACCACUGCUGAAGAAGAAACGAAAGAAGUUGGUGCAACAAUGGAGCAAAACUUUGUUAAAGCUAUCGUGCUCAUGGUUAUACUUAGGUUUGCUACAUCACUACCUGUGGAGAGGUUCGCCUUUGACACAAGUAAUGACAAUUCACCAUCCGGAGCGUACAUAGAAGAAGAGAAUCCUCAAAGCAGCAAAAUGGUGGAGGGUGAUAUCUAUCUAGAUUCCAGCACCACUAGAAUAAUGGACCAGCUAAUGAGCCCCAGCAGAGAGGCCCUUGUAGACCCUGUAAGCCGCUGGCCAAAUGGGCGCCUGCCGUACAAGUUUGGAGCUGUUAGUAACUCAGUUAAAGAGGCUUUCCGCGCUGCUAUUGACGAGUACGAGGCAAACACAUGCAUUCGAUUUGUGGAGCGUACAGACGAGACGGAUUACAUAUUGGUAGUCAGUGAAGGAGGAUGCUGGUCUCCUAUUGGUCGGAGUGGCGGUCAGCAAAAGUUAUCCCUCGGUACAUACUGUGAUCGCAAAGGCACCGCUAUGCAUGAGUUGAUGCAUACAUUGGGCUUCUUCCAUGAACAGUCACGCCGUGACCGUGACAACUACAUCACCAUCCAUUGGGAUAACAUACAGUCAGACAAACAGUUUAACUUCCAGAAGUACGAGCAUGGCAAGGUCGACACGCUCGGUGCACCGUACGACUACGGCAGCAUCAUGCACUACCCCAUGUUCGCCUUCAGCAGCAACGGUAGAGCGACCAUCGUUCCUAAAGAUCCUACCGCUAGCAUCGGGCAAAGGAGCGGCUUCAGCAAGGUGGACUUACAGCAGCUCAACAAGCUGUAUUGUAGCAGCGCCACGUCGAUUCCACCGACCACUGCCGCGCCGACUAAAGCUCCUUGUAAGGACGAAUACAGCUCGUGUUAUUUCUACGCCAAUUGGUACGAUUACUGUCGUCUUUAUCCAACCUACAUGAACAAGUACUGCCAGAAAAGCUGCGGAUUCUGCUAAAUAGUGACGAACUACUGUAUUUGUAUAUGGAUGACAUUCCCCAUGGCGCAAGCACAGAUAGCAAACUGGAACAGCAGCUGAAACUAUAUUAUCUGUUUUGUUUAAUACUGCUUUAGAUAAUAUAAUAUAACACUACGGAAUAAUCUUUCACAAUAAAGUCCCCAACGAUUAAACCAUAAA